UUCUUUCCGGCCUUGUUGUCACUUAGGCGUUAGUGUUGGGGGCAUCGAUUUCGUAGAAUAAUAGUAUUCGGUUCCAGCCUAUCUAAUUUUCGAAAUCGAGGUAUUAUCCGCUCCCAACGCGUCUUUCGACCUCGACGAUUCUCUACCCAACGGCCUGGCAUGACCAUACAACGAAACUCGGAAAUUUGAUCGAUUUUUAACGGGUUUUUAAAUACCAGCCGAGUACGAUUGAAUUAUAGAAGGGUUGGAUUAAUUUAGGAUAAGGGAUUGAGUGUGUGUAGUAGACACGAUGGCGGGGCGUCACUUCCACGGUCAUGGCCAUAGCCAUGCCCAUCAACACUUCCAUUCGAAGCCAAACCAUUUGGAGAUCGAGCAACCGGAUCAGCUUAAAGCUAGAGAAGCAAUGGGCAACCUCGGGUCAGAGGGGGUAAAUGCCGCUACUCGACUUAUAGCUCGAGAAAACAAUCUGGAUGAAAAGCCAGUGGGCAGCUCGACAACUGUCCCCAUUGUUCUUGGUGUCUGCAUCCCGCUAGGAAUUGCAUUUCUUAUUUUAAUUUACUUGCACCGCCGAACAACGAUCAGGCAAAGAAGGGAGGAUGAAACAGACAAGUACAAGUCUAUGGAUUUCGGAUUCGAGGGUAACGUGGCAACCAAAGGAAAUAAGAGGCGAAGUGCUUUCUUCGGAAAGGAGAAGGAACCGGGUCACAAGAUGCAGCUUUCCAUGGACAUGAAUCUAUCCAGUCCUUAUUUACUUCCGCCUAACCUACACCAAUCUCGAGAAUCCAUGCAUUCCCUUGCAAGGAGCCUUCACCAAAACGAGGAUCCCUAUCGACCAGUUACUAGCUAUGCCGGCAGUGACGUCGGCUCUUUACGCUCAUUCCAGAAAGGGGGUAACAGAGAGUCUUCUUUGUACACCAGCAAGACACGUACCAGUGGUGACCGUGAUUCAUCGAGAAAUACGCCUACCCUUAAUACCGCCAAUAAUCUACCGCCUCGUCAAAAGUCGCUUCCUUCAUCUCCUCUACAAGAGCUAGCUCCUGUCGCACAGCCUCCUUCGCGUCGUGAAUCCGCUGAAGAGAUGCCCCCUCUCCCAGCAAAGAACGAGUUCCGUUUCGUCGAUGAUUCUUCAACUCUUCCUCAUGUACCAGAAAUUCAGGAGCCUCCAGCUGCUGCUGGACAAGCUCUAUCAAAAGAGCCCAUUGCCACUUCUCGUCCCCUUUCUGAAGAGUCAGGUAACGUCGCCGGUCAUGGCGAUUCCAUGGCCCUGCCAGAGUUCGAAUUUCAGCCAGAAACGGAUGGUUUGGGUAUCAUGGGUCCUCGCGCAUCUCAGAACUCUGCCGAUGUAUCAUUAAGGGACAGCAACACGGUUCCCGCAAGUGUACGGCCACCUAGGAAGGAGUCUUUGCCUGUCGGGUCGAACUUUGCCCAAGAUUAUCAGGACUACGCCGCGCAUUACGACGUUGACGCACCGGUGCAACAUGAACAGGAGUAUCCGCACUCAGCCGGUUUAGGUGUUCCAGAGCAAGAGAACCGAAGGUUAUCAGUCGGGUUCCGACCUCUACCACCGGAGGACUUCCUGGAAUCGGAGGACCCCGAGUUCAGGGCUAACAGAAUCCGUUCAUUCUACAAGGAGUACUUCGAGGAUACCAAGGUUGUGGAUCACGGAAAGCCGCCACCAAUCCCACAACAGGCAACUUACUACGAAGACUACGAUGCGGGUUAUCUUGGUGAUGGUGCAUUCUUCGACCCUGACACUAAUGCAUUCGUUAUGCCGUACGCGCAGCCCGUUACCCGUCGUGCUAUGACCCCACCUCCGAACUCGAGACGACCAAUGCCUGGACCUGGACAGCGUGGUCCACGUGGGCCUCACGGUCCUCAUGGAAGCAUGAAUAUGCCUGGUCCUCGUGGAAGACCUAGAGCUGGCUCGACCAUGUCAGCUAACAGAUGGGCACCGAUGAGCCCUCGUCCAGACUCCUCGGCAUCUAACCCUCGAUUCAUGGGUGGAAAGCCCAAGAAACCCAUGCCUCCUCCUGCUCCGCUUAACACAUUACCUACUCCUUCCAAGUUGAGAGAUGAUUCGUUCGCCCUUAUGGGUGCUGUUGAGUUCGCACCUCCUCCUACCUUCAAGGAUGUGACGGCCGGUCGAUCGCAGAGCCCCAUUGGCGAACGCAAGCCUUACAUGCUCAAUACGCCAAUCCAUUCGCCGCUAGUCAGUGCUUUCGAUGAUACUCCGGCACUACCUAGCCCGCAUCUUCUGCGUAAAUCAGGAACAUUCACUGCACUUGACUUCGCUCCCCCGCGUAGGUUUAAGGAUCCCGACGCGAUGAGUGAUUCGGGCAGUGUGGUUAGCAACCGUAGCGGUAUUUCAUCAGCUAACCUCAGCGCUAUCCGUAAUGGUGCUGGUAGAGUCAGUCGACUUCCUGGUGACACGGUCUUUACUCAGGCUUCUAUGAACAACACUCUGAAGCCAUCUUGGAACAUGAGGGACUAGAGCUGGUAGUCAAUGGCACAAGCCUAAUGUUUAUAUCAGGGACUCCAAUGUGACAAGGCUAGUUGUCUUGUAUAUCUGACAAUAUGUACUGUUAAUGUCCUAUAUCUCUCCCUUGUGGUGGGAGGUAAUUUAGAAACCAUAUCAUGACCGGCGAAGCAUUCAAUCUUGCAUGGCGGACACAUUAUAGAAGGAUCGGUGCAGUUCUGCCACUAGGCAAUUAGGGUUGUUUUUGCUAUUAGGUAUUUAUUAAAUAUAUCCAGGUUAGUUUGUUAAGAGUCUUGUGAUUUCUGAUUUCUAUUUUGUUCUUUUCCUUGUUUUCUCUUCUAUCGUGUAAUCUAGCGUGUUCUGGUGAGGUUAUCUUAUUGCCCUUGUUUCAAUGGGAGGAGAGGUUACUAUUACCUCUGGUAUGGUGUUUUGUUCAUCGAAAUAGGGAUGUUAUGCUUUGAUUUUUUCUACAUCCUGUAUUUAAAUCAAUUUUUGAGAUACCAGGUACUUGGACAGUUGAAUAGAAUUGUCCGGAGUUUGAAAAUAAGUUUU